AUGUCUAGAGUACAACCCACUCAAGCAAGCAGUCGCCAACUUAUAUCGACCGCUCCCAAACAACCACAAGUUGAACCCCCAGUGCCGCUAGAAAACCAAGUUGUCACUCUUAAUUGGUCCUUCCUCCCGCUCCGAACAGAUUGCAUGCCCAUCGAUAUCCCUCGUCCAGCAUUCGAACGCCCGAUGCACUUUGUUAGGAAUAUAUUUGCCGCGCAGUUACGCGAAGAGCACAACUUCAUCGCGAAAAUCGACUCAAAGUUCGUGUUUUACAAGCUUGUGAACGACACAUCUGUCUCGGUUGCUAUGGGAGAAAAGUGGUUGGAGAAUGUGUCUCUGAAGAAAAUGGCGUCCUCUUUCAGUCUCGCUCACGAGAUUUCCGACAAGAUACGUGACCCGGAGAUUGUCCACCUCGUCAUCGAUGCCACUGGAAAUGAGAUUUCGCGAGAGAGCGACGGUAGAACCGAUACAUCCAUAGCUUCCGACAAGAAACGACCUCUAGACGAUGAUGUUAACCAAAGGUGGAGCAUCAAACGACGCAAGAGCCAACUACCUUCCUGUGCAGAACUUUGUGGACUUCUCAAGGAGCCCCUAAGCGAGGAAGAGAAGAUACCCAUUUCAAAGUCCAUGUACAAUUGGCUCAUUUCCUAUCUCCCCCCCGACAGCUGUCUCGACAAAGACAUUAGUACUUUGUUCAAAAUCGGAGAACCUGAUGUUAUUGCCCUUGCGAUAUUCACAACUGUGUGUAUGCCCCCGCCCUCAAGUGGCACAGAAGAUUCUUUUCAUUCAUUUUGGGAUCGCAAUAUACGCCACAUCAUCGAGCUGCUGAUACCGAGUGGGAAAAGCAUCCGUAACAGCAACCAACAUACGGCGACACGGAAGUUGCGCCCGGAUUAUGGCUUCAUUCUCCAGAGCAUAUGCCCGUUUCGGGGCGAGGAGAAGGGACCAGAAAACUUGGAGGAUCCUAAAGCUGAACUGGCAGACAAACUUAAUUGGGUUUACAAUCCGGCCCCUUAUAUGCUUGGCUACUACUGCAAAGGGCCUGAGAUGACCCUCACUGCCAUUACUCCACCUGCUGAUUCUGAAGGAAGCAAACCAGUAGUCCACGACUUAGUACGUGUCGAUUUGAGGUUGAGAGUUGAUCGAAUCGCCAAUAUACGCCACCUUAUCAACCUCUCAACUAUUCUCACCCAUCUGGUGGAGCUUGUGCAGUCUCCUGUUGGUGAUUUUGAACAGAUUUUGAGGACAAAUUCUACGGUUGAAAUCACAAGCACCCUUAUUGUCAAGACCUAUACAUGCAAGAAUGCUAAUGCGAAGAUUGACCACCUCCAUGGAAUUUAUGCAAUGCUUGACAACAAGAAGGUACCCAAUACAGAUAUGCUUGUCUUCGUCAAUAGAAAUGCUGUGUACCUGAAGCCACGGGGAAUCACUAGCCAUCCUGCAGUUGAGAAAGAACUGCGGGAAUGUCUCAAUUGUGUUCUGAAAUCACUCAUGGUCGCUCAUCAAGUACCAGGACCUAUAUAUCACCGUGAUAUUCGGUGGAAUAAUGUUAUUCGCAGGCUUGAGGACCGCUCAAAAUGGUUCCUCAUUGACUGGGAGGAUGCUGCCACUCCACCGACAAGGGCUGAACCAUCCUUUACAUGCUCAAGCCACUCGCCAGAUAUUUUUGAAGAUGGCCAUGGGCCUGAGGUUGACAUUUGGGGUGUGGGGUACUUGAUCAUUACGUGCAUGGCUAUGGAUGUCUCACCGAAGUUGAGGGCGCUUGGGAAGCGCAUUUGUGAGGAAUCUCGUAGUAUGAACGCAGAGGAAGCUCUUGCUCUUAUUGAAAACUGUCAGUCCGAUUCUUUGUAA